GUACUUUUUAUUUGGUGGAUUUGGUGUAUAGAUAGUUUGUACUUGUACUUAAAUUUAUUAAUUUAUUCUUUGGUGUUUGUGAUUUGACUGGUUGUUUGUACUUUCAGUUUGGUAUUCUGAAAAAAAAAACAGGAAAGUAAUCGUAAAUUGAAUAUUAUUAUUAAAACAUGCAUUUAUUAUAAAUUCAAUAAAUAUCAAAAAAACUAUUCCUGUUCUGAUUAAUACCGAGUAAUGAUAGGUGACAUACAAUUGACAAAACGUUUAAUUGUUAUAGCUCUAAUACUUUGCGUUAUUUUGGUUUUAAAAGAAUACGUGUUCGUUUUAUUGCAAUGACUCAACACAGGGUUGCAUAUUUUUACAACCCCGACGUGGGGAACUUCCACUAUGGUCCAGGUCAUCCAAUGAAACCGCACAGGCUAUCUGUUACUCAUAGUCUCGUGUUGAACUACGGUCUUCACAAGAAAAUGCAGAUAUACAGGCCGUAUAGAGCAACUGCGCAUGAUAUGUGUAGAUUUCACAGUGAAGAUUACAUAGAAUUCUUACAGAAUGUGACACCACAGAAUAUACAGACCUAUUCAAAAGAUUUGCUCCACUACAAUGUUGGUGAUGAUUGUCCAGUGUUUGAAGGCCUGUUUGACUUUUGCUCAAUGUAUACAGGAGCUUCUUUAGAAGGAGCUAUGAAAUUAAACAAUAAUACAUGUGAUAUCGCUAUCAAUUGGUCUGGAGGUCUGCAUCAUGCUAAAAAGUUUGAACCAUCAGGGUUUUGCUAUGUGAAUGACAUAGUGAUUGCAAUAUUGGAAUUAUUGAAAUACCACCCCAGAGUGCUGUACAUUGAUAUCGAUGUGCACCACGGAGAUGGGGUUCAGGAAGCAUUUUAUUUGACGGACAGAGUGAUGACUGUCAGCUUCCACAAGUAUGGCAAUUUCUUCUUCCCUGGCACCGGAGAUAUGUACGAAAUUGGUGCAGAAAGCGGGAGGUACUUUUCUGUUAAUGUGCCCUUGAAAGAGGGGAUCGACGAUCAGAGUUAUGUGCAGGUAUUCAAACCAGUGAUAUCGAAUGUGAUGGAGUUUUAUAGACCAACGGCAAUAGUGCUACAGUGUGGUGCGGACUCUUUGGCCGGGGAUAGACUCGGUUGCUUCUCUCUGUCUACACGAGGUCACGGGGAGUGUGUGAAGUUUGUGAAGAAUCUGAAUGUGCCUACGCUUGUUGUUGGAGGUGGAGGAUACACCUUACGAAACGUUGCUCGUUGCUGGACAUUCGAAACAUCCCUAUUGGUAGAUGAAAAUAUAUCAGAUGAGCUGCCUUAUACAGAAUAUCUCGAAUUUUUCGCUCCUGACUUCCAGCUACACCCAGAAAUAAACAGUACAUCAAAUGCCAACAGCAAGCAGUACUUGGAAGCUAUAACGAAACACGUGUAUGACAAUCUGAAAAUGUGUCAGCACUCGCCUGCUGUCCAAAUGACACAUAUACCAGGCGACUUCCUACCUGAAGAAUACAGAAUAAAGGAGGAACCGGACCCAGACAUCCGUAUGAGUCAAGAAGAGACUGACAAAAUGGUUGAACCCAAAAAUGAAUUCUUCGAUGAUGAGAAGGAUAAUGACAAGGAGAUAGUGUUGGAGACUAAGGAACCAUAGCAUACGGAGGAGGUGGUCCCAAAGACGACCACUUGACAUGAACUUUUCUACAAAAAAUAUAAAAAAAAGUUUAUAUUUUGAACACAGUGACUGAUGUUUUGUGCCGGUGUGACAAUGACAUUGAUAAACGGUAUGUGAAGUUUAGUGUACAUGAAUAGGCUAGUUGACACUUUUUUUAAGUAGUCUUAAAUAGUUAAUUAUCGUUCUACUAGACUAAAAAAAAAUUUCAUUUUUUUUCAGACAUUACUUGAAAAUUUUAGUUUUUUAAAUAUGUUUUUGACAACACGUGCCAAAACGCCUGUCGGCCAUGACAGUUUAUAUUUCAACUGUUUCAUGACGUCACUACAAUAAAUCCCAUACAAAUGGAGCGUUUAACUAAAAUAUUAGUUAUCAAUUAGUUCGACGUUUAGUACAUCAAGAGUUUUAGUGACGUCACAAAAUGGACGACAGCGAUUUUGACGUUUGGAAAAUUUUAAUAAAAACGUAAAAUUUUUAGUUUUAAAAGAAUACCUUAACUUUUAUUUAUUGAUAUCGAUAUAUUUCGGACCCUUUUUCCAUGUACUACACGAAAUUAAUAUUGUUUAUAUUGAAUUUGAUAUGAGUCAACUACACUAUUGUCAUCUUAGGGUAAUGUUCCUUUUAAUUAGUUGAUAACUAAAUCGUUAGUCAGUAUUUAUUUAGAGCCUAUUAUGUAUAUCGGUAUACAAUUUAAAACAUGACCUAUAUUAUAUCUUGGCAAAUUCGUUGAUGAAACGCUGGCGACGGGGGGAAAGGACUGCGCGGGUAUGAAGUGGAGCACGCGGGACAUCGAUACCCCCCCGCUCGGCCCGCGCGGACUAUCGGUAUUGUUACGAACGAAUUUGCCAAGGUAUACAUAGUUUUUGUGAUCAAUUGAUCAUUUAAUAGUUUUGUCAUUAAAGUGACAAUUAUCGUAUAGUGACAUUUGUAGAUAGAUAUAGUUGUAGUAGUAGCAAGUAGUAACAUUAGUUUUAAUAAAAAAUCUUGGAUUUUGUUGAAAUAACCAUGUUAGAUGAUUGUAAAAACAAAAAAUCGCUGCUACUUGAUGUAAAGUGACAUUUCAAGGUCAUUUUGUUGACUUAACCAUGUUAAAUGACCACAGUUAAAUUAAAAAAAAAUCAAAACACGAUGAAAAACAAUGUAGAAUAUUUUUUUGAAGGCAAUUAAAUAAUUAAAUGUCAAAAACAAGGUCUUGGUUAAUAAACAAUAUACUUAUGAAAUGACAACCUCCGUGACACAGUGGUAUGCGCAGUAUAAGGCGGAGGUACUGGGUUCGAUUCCCGGCUGGGCCGAUUGAGGUUUUCUUAAUUGGUCCAGGUCUGGCUGGUGGGAGGCUUCGGUCGUGGCUAGUUACCACCCUACCGACAAAGACGUACCGCCAAGCGAUUUAGCGUUCCGGUACGAUGUCGUGUAGAAACCGAAAAGAGGUGUGGAUUUUCAUCCUCCUCCUAACAAGUUAGCCCGCCUCCAUCUUAGACUGCAUCAUCACUUACCAUCAGGUGAGAUUGUAGUCAAGGGCUAACUUGUAAAGAAAAAACAAAUAAUCUGUUGCGAUUACUUGCGACGACGCAACGCGACGCACUAAUGAGCAUGAGCCAUAUCCCUAAUGAUUUUUAUGAAGACCAAGUACAUCAUAUAAUGUAACACAACAUGUAAUUAAAUUAGGUAUGUAAAGUCCAUUUUGUUUUUGAUUAAGAUUAGAAUAAUUAUAAGCAACGGUUUUUAUUUUAAAUUGGAUUCCAUGAUAUUGUAUGUAUGUAUGUUUAUGUUCGAGCUAUUUAAUGAUCCCGCAAAGUAAUGCUUGCUUUGCUUCAAUAAUGGUUUAGUGAUAUAAUAAUUAUUAAUAAAAAAAUGUUAUACCUAUAUUCUAUACAAAAAUUAUUAAGAGGUAAAGUUUGUGGUAUUGUAGGGGGUAAUAUCUGAAUUUGCUGAACCGAUUUUGAACAAAUUUUACCAUGUUAUUUGCGAGAGUCGUAAGAUAAUUUAUCCCAGUAGGUAUUCUCACGGAAACGGGAACCACGUGGGUGAAAACGCGGGGCGUCGGCUUGUAUGUUACAUAUUAUCUAUAUACUUACUCUUAUCAAUACAUACAUUUAAAUAAAACUGUGUGUGAAUUGUCUGUCUGUAGUUUAAAAUGACUGUACUUUUCCAAGCGGUCAUAUAGCAAAAAUUUUUGCAAUAUAUAUAGCAUAUAUUGCAAAAAUUUUUGCAAUUGCACGUUGUAGAGUCAACAUCUCCUGAGGAUGCUCCGGUUUCGGGGUGAAACGUACGUAGAGAGUAUUUUGUCGGACCUGGGUGACGUUGUCGCAUGGGUUCGCCGAAUUUUCGCGGAUGAUAGCAAAAUAAAUAAAUCAUUAUAUAAUCAUGAUGAACUUCCGCAAAGUAACGCCUGCUUCUAUCCAAUAUAAUCUAAAUGGUUAUAGACCGCGCAAAACUUCGAGUCCUUAAUAAUAGCUACAGAGUUUGGUGUUGCAAAAUAAAAAAAGGACUCUAAGUUUAGCGCACACUACCUAUACCUUAUAUAUAUUUAUGUACAUAAAAAGAAGUUUCUGCUAUUUUACAUCAAAUAAUUGCUUUAUCUAUAAUUCUAUACAAAUAUUAUAAAGAGGUAAAGAUGUAGGUUGUAGCGGAUAAUCUCCUGGGGUAUGAUUUCGCUAUCUUAAACUCGUCGACGUAAUAUACGCCUAGUAUUAAGUUAUAUUAGAAUUUGGCCGUCAUUUCUAUGGAAUGCCAAAUAUAAAAUGUCACUAACAACGAAGUUGCUAUGGAAAUGAGCGAUGCCACAUCGCUGUAAGUUUACGGAAUGCAGGGGCAAAUCUACUGAUCCGAUUAUAAAAAUUCUUUUACCGGUAGAAAGACGUUAUUUGUGAGUGUCAUAAGCUCUAUAGUCACUGAGAUUGAUUAUAUAACCAGUGGCGUAGCUCGCCUUGGAGGUGCCCUGUAUCAAAAUUUGUUUUGGCGCCCAAAUGUAGGGUUAAACUCAACAAAAGAGAAAAAAAUGGGUAAAAUAAAUAUGACAAUGACUUAAUCAAUGUAGGAGGUUCAACUUUUGGGCGCACACUUAACCCAGAAAACAAAGAUUGCCUUUUCUUACUUUUGUUCAGAUAUGACAAAAGUAAGAAAAGGCAAUCUUUUUUUUGUGAAAAAUGUUUUUUUCAUGUGUUUUUUUUGGGAAGCACCAGAUUAGAUUAAGUGAGAUUGUGAAUUGAGUACAUUUUACUAAUUUUGCUUUCACACGUAAGAGGUCCCUGUAGUCUGAAGGUGCCGUAUCAUUGGUAUGCUCCUGAAUAUAACAUCACGCUACGACCAAUAGGAGCAGAUAUUCUAUUGGCUGAAGCAUCAAUGAAGUGUUGCAGAACACAUUAUAUUAGAACUUUGAUUACUGUAAAAAGGAUUGGGUACCUAUAGUAAGAAGCUCACAAAAGGAUAUAUUCUCCCGUGUUUUUGCCACGUUUUUCGUAGAUGCUCCUUUAAGACGUACCUAGCGUGUUGUUAUAUAGCUUAUGUUACUCCCUGAUAAUAAUUAAGCUCUCUGUGAAAGAAUUAUUCAAAUCGGCCAGUAGUUUUGAGUGUAUGUUAUAUACAUACAUCUUUCCUCUUUAUAAUAUUAUAAUCUGGCAAGUUCGUUGAUGACACUUCCAUGAUAUGCGGGCGACGUGGGGAAAGAUGCGCAGGUGUAAAAUCGUGCGUGCGGGGAAGUGAGGUGCAGGUGGUUUUUCAUUCAUCGCUACCCGGCCCGCGCGGCCCAUCGGGUGUGUUACGAACGAAGUUGCCAAGCUAUAGUCUACCUAGAUGGAAUCUCGAUUGAUUGAUUGGCGUUUGCCUCAGGCAUGUUGAAUGAAUCUUUUGGGAGUAAAGGUAUAAAUAAAACAAAUCAUUAAAUUUGAAUACACUAAUUUGCACUUAACCCGAUCUCUUAAUGACAUCUGUAAAUAAUCCUAUCUGUCUUCCUCCUGGAAAUAUAAAAUGAUCAGAAUAUUACCACUCAUAAUGUCAUACAGUGCCCACCACGAGAUAUUGUGUGUGUGAAGUUAGCAACAAAUGACUGCGCAAUGAAUCAGUAACGUUACAAACGGCGCGGGCGGGGAGCCGGCUAGACGCGACCGUGAGUUUAUACUCAUUCCGCAGCUAACUUCACAAACGUAAAGAUCCGUGGCGAGCACUGUACCUAGUUAAAUGUUAAGAUUGUUUUUAUUAAGUCACAGUAGGAUAACGUUAAAUUGUUAUUGUUUUGAUAAUUCAUUAGUUUAGUUAGUGAAUGAGCCGUUCAAUGGAAUGAAAUAUGUACAUCAUUAAGUAAGUACCUUCCUACAGCCAAUUGUGACUUGCUUUUUUAAUUAACUUGCAAGUAAUAAUGGUUUUUUUUCGUUUUGAUUGUGCAGUUCCAAAUCACAUAGUUUGGUAUAGUACGAGUUAAACCAAACUUGUAAUCCGCUCUGAAGUUGUACAUUGGGUAAAGAUAUUAUACUAUUAGAUGCGCGUCGAAACUGAGGCGUGGCUAAUUUUCUUCAUUUUAGUCGUACUUAUAGUAAACAAGGAAAGUUAAUACCUACUCCCCACUACCCUGUAUAAAUACAGGGUGGUGAGGAGUAGGUAUUUCCCAUAAUUUCAAGGUGUUGACGAGUCGUCUUAUAGGAGCCAAACUGCAUUUUUUCAACUAUACCUAAUUUAAAUUUUUUCAUGUUUUCAUACUAAGUCUUAAAGGACAAUGCCAGACAAUGUAUAGAAGUUUGACCCACUAAAAAAUAAUUUGCAACAAUAUAUUAUAUAUCAUUUUAUUGGAUUUUUUGUACUAUUAAACAAAUAUUACCUUUUAACCCUUUAUAACUAGGGGUAUGAAAAUAAAUCCAAGUUGAAGUUUGAUUUCAAGGUUAAGUAUAUGUGCAGUUUAUUAUGAAGUAAAGUGAAGUUCGUGAUUGGUUUUUUGUAAAUACAGAAGCACUUAGCACAUGCAAUACAUUUAAAAAAACGUGAUUUUAUUAUUUUCAAAUUACUCCGAGGUGUCUAUUACGAGUUUUGAUAGUUUGACAGUGUUAUGACAUUUUAUUUUUACAUUUUGAUCUGACUUCACAGUUCUGGAUUCUAGCCAUUUUGAACAUAAAAUAAUUAGAAUGCACUAAAAACGCUCUAAAGGGCUCGAACCCAAGGUCGAAAUAAGGUUUUUAAAAAAUAAGUAAACAAUGUCAGCUAUGAGGAAAUAACGUAAUGGAUAUAAUUACUUUUUUUGGCAGAUUUUUAUUCCGGAGUUUAACAGUAAAAAUGGUUUAUUAAAAAACAAUUAUUUAAAAUAUAUUUAGUACAUCUACAUUUUCCGCAAAAUUCCGAGUGAGGACUGGGUCAGGAUCUGGCAUUCUCCUUUUAAAGUUUGGCUGCGUCAUAAUUAUAAGGAUGCGUAUAAGGAACACAUUUUAAGAUCUAUUUACAUAAAAAAUAAUAUAAUAUUUACUUCGAAAACAUUAAUUAAGAUCGGUAAAGAUUAUAACUCCAAAGUUUAGGAAAUACUCCCCAGCACCCUGUACCUAUAAAUAAUGUAAGUACCUAAACACAAAAUUGUGCAUGUGUGCGCUUAGUGGAGUUGUUAAUUAUCACUUUUUGCGGUGAUUUUGUAGGCACGUACCUAUGAGAACAUAUCCUAAUAGUAUAAAAUCUUUGCACUGGGCAGCUAUACAUCUCAUCUUCAGAGUGGACUCUAAGUUGGCGAUAUUGUACAUGGUACCUAUUAGAAAAGGUAUUUUCCUUAUUAAAUGUUGAAAUUGCAAGUGAAAGGGCCAAACAGAUGGUUGGAGUGUGUGUUUAGUGUAGGAUAAUGUGUGUGUUGACAAAUGGUAGAAGACAAGAGAAUAAAAGAGAUUAACAUAUUUUACCGACCCCUAGACUAGUAAUAUGAUAUCGAAUACGAGCCGUAAUUAAAAAUUAGAAAUGUAACAACUUUAAGUGAUUCUUAUUAGUAUUUUUUUAGUAUAAACACAAACUUAUUACCUUAAGUAAUUAAUAUUAAUAAUCAAUAUUCUGAUCAUAUUGAAAACGAAAAUAAUAGUAAGUAGGUAGGUAAUAGAAAAUAAUUAAGAUUAACUUAAAAAUCGGAUAUAUUGCAAAUUAGUUUAUAUAAUAAUUAUAUUGUAAAAUGUAAUACAAGACAAUACAAUAAAUCGUGGAGUCGAGAGAAAACUAGAUAAAUGCGAGUGUUUUUUUUAAUAGUUUAAAUUGAUUUAUGAGGACUACGUCCGAUACUCGCUUGUUUAACUGACUCAAGGAGUUGCUUCCAAAAGCGCCACUGACCGAUUUAUAUUUUAUGCAGAUAUGUUUAGUAAAAAAUGUAUAUUUUAAUUAAUUUUAUUUAUUUUACAUAAUUAAAAUAUUAUUGCUAUUCAAUUCAGAAAUAUAGCAUAACUCUGCCACAAUGUAAUAAUAACAAGAUUUUACAGACUUGCAGAAAAAAUUAAAUCUUAAUUAUAUUUCAAAUUGUAUAAGUGAUUAUAGAUAUUGAUAGACCUAAGUAAUGAUUUUUUACAAUAAACGUCGUUGUGGAAAACUA